AUGGCACCACGCCGACGUCCCAAAGGUUGUCCCCACGACUCCAUCAUCGUCGAGGCCUCGGAGUACGGCCGCAAGAAAGCCGGCUUCGUCCGCGUUCCAUUCGAGAAACGCGUCGCCGCGGCGACCCGCUCCGGCAGGGCCACCGCCAACUCCGCAUCCGACGUCUCCGCACCGGACCCGGCCACGUUUCCGGGCCCGCUCGUCCUUCCCGACGAUGAUCUCGCGUUGGAACCGGGGUACGAGACGCAGAGCCUGCGGUCUUGGGCGUCGGGGCACUGGCGGAAUCCGAUCACGCCGGAGCGGAAGACGCUGUACGUUGCCGACGUUCCUGCCAUCGACGAGAGCGCGGCCUUCAUGAGGGAUUGGUCCUCGCCUGAUCUCUCGGGGGCGAAGCCGCCUGUUGCAUCGGAUAAGUUGGAGCAUCCCAAGGCGGCGGAUGUGAUGGGGUACUUCUCCGCGUUCUACCACCCGCUCCCCGUGAAACCUCUCCCGGCGCCGCUGCGGUUCGUCAAGUGGAAGGACGACGAACGCCCCGCGGGAGGGGAGCCGAAGAAGAUGACGAUCGGCCUUGAGACGGGUGGCGGAUCCGUGGUGGGCAUCCGCGCGAGGCCGUCGCCGGACGAUCUGGCGCGGAUGCAGCUCAACCUCUGCGACCUGCUCGACGCGCUCAUGGCCAUCUUGCCCGAGGACGCGUAUGCCGCGUGCAUGGUCGUCGCUCAGGAUCUGUACGAGGACGAGGACGAUGACUUUUGCUGCGGGAGGGCGUUUGGCGGGAGCCGGAUCUGCGUGGUGUCGAGUUUUCGGUACCGGCCGGCGAUGGACAGAAUCCAGGGGGUAGAGAGGGGGCACAUGUGGCCCGCGUCGCACUGUGAGAGGUUUGUGGUUGAAGCGGUGGAGUGGUGGGAGGAGCAGGACGCUCUUGAGAACGGGCAGACUGGCGAAGGUUCGGGGGGCAAGAAGAAGGUGGCGAAGAGGAAGGGGAAUGGUGGCGACGAUGACGACGGGGAGACCACGGUCGAUUUCAAGGAGGUUAGGGGAACAGCGAUGGGCGCUGCCAUCGAGGCAUCGAGGGAUGUCCUCGUUCCGAGAACCACUCCUAGACGCGCCGAGGAAGAAGACUUGAGGGGCAUGUGGUUCGCACGCGUCGCGAGAACGGCAGCACACGAAGUUGGACAUUGCCUUGGGCUGGACCACUGCGUGUACUACGCCUGCGUAAUGCAAGGCACCAGCGGCUUGGGAGAGGACGGGAGGCAGCCGCCGUACUUUUGUCCCGUUUGCGAGGCCAAGUUCGUCUGGGGCCUGGGCGAGAGGGGGAUUGUUGAGGGCGGCAUGUUUGGGAAGUGGAGAGAGGGGAGGCAAAAGGAGGUGGAGAGGGAGAGGAUGGAGGCCAUGAGUGGGUUUUGUGAGCUUUGGAAGGGGGUGGGCAUGUUUGCUGGGUAUAGGGGUUGGUUGGAAGCAAGGUUGAGUAGGGAGUUUGCGGUCCAGGAGGUGGAGGUGAUCGACUUGACGGGGUAA